AUGGUGCAGUCGGUGUUCGGAGUUUGGGACUACGCCAUCAUGGCGGCCACCAUGGUGAUAUCAAUAGCUAUCGGUCUAUAUUUCCGAUUCAGUGGAGGAAAACAGGCUACCAAUGAGGAAUAUCUGCUGGCAGACCGCAACAUGUCAAUAUUACCAGUGGCCGUAUCUCUAAUGGCUUCAUUCAUGUCAGCCAUCACACUACUAGGGGUGUCGGCUGAGAACUAUUAUUACGGUAUGCAGUUCGUAGUAAUCAACAUUUCAUACGGAGUUGCCACCCCUAUCGCCAGCAGAUUGUACUUACCAGUCUUCUUUGGACUGCAAAAAACCAGUACUUAUGAAUACUUAGAGAUGCGAUUCGGUCCGCAUAUCAGAAUGUUGGCAUCCUUGACUUAUACUUUACAAAUGGUGCUUUAUAAUGGUAUAGUUUUAUAUGCUCCUGCUAUAGUACUUGAGGCUGUGACAGGGUUAGACAGACUGAUCUCUAUAUUAGUGGUAGGCUUAGUUUGUACGUUUUACUCAACUUUGGGAGGGAUGAAGGCAGUUCUUUUUACGGAUCUCCUCCAAUCAGCUCUCAUGUUCGGAGCUGUGUUCAGCGUCGUAGUGUUUGCUUCCAUACAAGUUGGAAGCUUCGGACAAAUAUUUGCCAUCGCGAAGGAAGGUGGACGACUUGAUUUUUCCAAUUUCAGUGUAAAUCCUACUGAGAGACACACUUGGUGGUCACUGAUUAUUGGAGGACUGGUGACUUAUCUGUCUUUGUAUGCUGUUAACCACACGCAGGUCCAACGGUUACAAACAGUGAACACAUUGGAGCGGUCCCAGAAAUGUUUGUGGUGGAGUUGGCCAGUUCUGAGCGUACUGAGUGUGGUCACCUGCAUCAGCGGUCUUGGUAUCUAUGCUGUUUACAAAGACUGCGAUCCUUUUAUUAGCCACAGUAUUACAGCGAUUGACCAGUUGAUGCCAUACUACGUGGUAGAUGCAAUGAAGAAUGUUCCCGGCUUGGCAGGACUCUUCGUAGCUGGCAUCUUUAGUGCCUCCCUCUCCACGAUCUCUGCAUCUUGCAACGCUUUAGCAGCUGUUACGUUACAUGACUACGUUGGCAGAUGGUGCAAAGUUCCUGCGUCCUACGCACCUUGGUUGACGAAGUUGGCAGCUUGUGGAUACGGUCUAGUGUUCCUAGCUCUGGCUUUCAUUGCUGAGUACCUUGGAGGAGUACUCCAGGCUGCCCUCACAAUCUUCGGAGCUGUUGGUGGCCCGUUGCUGGGAGUCUUCACCCUUGGAAUGUUCACUACGUACGCUAAUGAAAGGGCAGUGUCCGUAGCUCUACUAAGUGGAAUGGCAAUGACGCUUUGGAUAAGUUUCGGAGGUCCGCGACCUCCAGUUACCAAGCUACCUCUCAGUGUUGAAGGGUGUGGCUUCUUCAACGUCACGCAGGCGACUGUUGCACCCACCACCAAUCCCAGUGAUUACUUCUACCUCUACAGAAUAUCUUAUAUGUGGACCAGUCCGAUCGGUUUCAUCUGGGUGAUCGUGGUAGGGACGGCGAUAUCCCUAUUAUGGCGACAGAAACAGCCUUGGGAAAAGCAAGGCCGCUCACACCCGGACCCAGAACUAUUCACACCACCUUUAGCCAACAGGUUAAGGGCCAGACAUGAAGAGAAACCUGCAGUUCAGUGUAAACUGUUACAAUCGAACGGCGUUCAAGAUUAA